AUGGGCUCUACUGAAACACAGCAGGGAGACUGGACUCCAUGGACAGUCCUUUCCACCAUCCCUCACCCCAUUGAGGAGAACAGCGCCUCUCCAAUCCCUUUCUUCCACCUGCUGGAACGUCUAAAAACAACGAAGCGCGAAGGCUGGCGCCGGUUUGGCCUCAACCACGCCGAAUCGAUUUCCGAUCACAUGUACCGCAUGGCCAUCAUCACCAUGCUAGCGCCCCCCUCUCUAUCCUCCAAGCUCAAUAUCCCGCACUGCACGAAAAUGGCCCUAGUCCACGACAUGGCCGAAUCGCUCGUCGGCGACAUCACGCCGGUCGACCAGUCGGUCACAAAGCCCGAAAAGGCGCGGCGCGAGGGCGCGACGAUGGACUACAUUGAACAAACGCUGUUGCGCAAUGUGCCUGGGGGUGCGCUUUCUGGAGGCGAGAUCCGGCGCAUAUUCCAAGAAUACGAGGACAACGAAACCCUAGAAGCACAGUUUGUGCACGAUGUGGACAAGAUUGAAUUGUUGUUGCAGAUGGUUGAGUACGAGCGCGAGCAUGGCAAGGAUCUUUCCGAGUUUUCGCAUGUCGCCAAUCGAAUCACGCUGCCGGAGGUCAAAGGGUGGGCGGAUGCGAUUAUGAAGGAGCGGAAACACGUGUGGCAGAAGCCGACUUCUACCUGA